CUACUCACUCAAAACUGGUGGGGAGAGAUGGACAGAUCCACCCCUGUCUGGCAGCUCCUUCUUACUUUCUUCUGCCCUCCUCUCAUUUUUACCAGCCUCAUCACUUUCCGGACGAUGGAUGAUGAUCUCCGGUUGGAUUCUUCAGGCCCCCACGAGCUGGACAGCCUUGACACAGAUGUGAAAAGUACCAUCGGAGACAUGUUGUCUGACAAUGUGGAACCUCGCUCCCCACGUUCCACUCGCUGGUUCUGGUUACGACGAUGGCACCAGUUCUGGGUGGCUCCAGUGACGGCAUUCCUGGGCAACGUGGUGAUGUACCUGCUCUUCCUUUUCCUCUUCUCCUACGUCUUGCUUCUGGACUUUGACCCCCCGCCUCCCAAAGGACCGUCUGGCACGGAAAUUGCUUUGUACAUCUGGGUCUUCACCCUGGUCUGCGAGGAGGUGCGCCAGGGCUGCUUUGUGGGUUCCCAACCUCUGCUGCAGCGGGUACGCCUGUACUUCCAGGACACUUGGAACCAGCUGGACAUCACUGCCCUGCUGCUCUUCAUGAUAGGACUGGUGUGCAGGCUGUUCCCACACUCGUAUGAAUCUGGGCGCACUAUCCUCUGCCUCGAUUUUAUGGUCUUCACCCUUCGUCUCAUCCACAUCUUUGCUGUCAACAAACAGCUGGGGCCCAAGAUGAUUAUUGUCGGCAGGAUGAUGAAAGACGUCUUCCUGUUCCUCUUCUUUCUUGGGGUGUGGUUGGUGGCCUACGGGGUCACCACAGAGGGGCUGCUACUUCCACAUGACCGACGCCUCCCCUGGAUAUUCCGCCGUGUCUUCUACCGUCCUUACUUGCAAAUCUUUGGACAGAUCCCACUGGAUGAGAUUGAUGCUGCCUUAAUCGCGGCAUCGAACUGCACCUAUGACCCCCUUGCUAUCAUGAUGGAUGAUGCAAAGCCUUGCACCAAUACCUAUGCCAACUGGCUGGUACUCAUCCUCCUUGUGAUCUUCCUACUAGUAGCAAACAUUCUGCUCCUCAAUUUACUCAUCGCCAUGUUCAGUUACACAUUCUCCAAAGUGCAAGGCAACAGUGACAUUUACUGGAAAUCCCAACGCUACAACCUGAUCUUGGAGUAUCACAGCCGCCCAGCACUGGCCCCACCCUUCAUCCUGAUCAGCCACCUCCACCUUUUCUUCAAGCGCCACAUCCGCAAGGUGCAGUCAUCAAAGGGACGCCAUUUCUUACUGGAACUCUCCGAGGCUCAGGAUGCGCGGUUGCUUACUUGGGAGUCAGUGCAGAAAGAAAAUUACUUGGUAUCUCAGGCCCGGCAAAAACGUGAUGAAGACACGGAACGGCUUCGGCGAACUUCCCAAAAGGUUGAUCAGGUUUUGAAGCAGCUUUCCGAGAUCAAGGAGUCAGAGCGACGUCUGAGGACGCUUGAGACACAGAUGGAGUACUGCACCAGUGCCCUUUCUUGGAUGGUUGAUGUUUUAGCACAGAGCGACAUAGCAAAGGGGAAGCAGCCACCUCCCAUUCAGAAGGACUAAGUUUCUCCAUGGAAUUUCCAGAUGGCCCAGCUCUUACUGAAGAGAGACUUGGAACCUGUAAAAGCUGUGUAAACGAAAGGAUUAGUUUCUAAAUCCCCAGUUCCUGCUGCUGCUGGACUAUUCCGGACUUCUUGUGCUUGGGACAAAGAGAGGCCCUAACCAGGAGAUGACUGAGAAAGUCGUGGUUCAGAGUUCAACUUAUUUCUGUUUCCCCAGUCAUUUCAGCAGUCCGAACAAGAAUGAUCUACCUCACAGGAUUGCUGGGCGAAUGAAUGUGAGAUGGAUAGUUUAAAAUGAAGCCUUGUCAUGUCAGAAGUGCAAUACAAUGGAUUAUGACUGUAAUGUUUCACUCCUGUGUUCAUACUUGAUGUGGUGGCACUGCGGGUUAAACCGCAGAAGCCUCUAUGCUGCAAGGUCAGAAGACCAG